GCAGAGCCAGACAGUGUUCUGUGUCGGUUUGCCAUGCCAUGCCAUGCCAUGCCAUGCCAUGCCAUGCCAUGAGGCUGGGCAGAUUGGAUCGCUGUGCUCCCAUUGUCACAGUAAACAUGCACGCACGCGCGCACGUCAGUAUGUGUUCCCAUUUUAAGACCACCAGGGGCUGCCAGAUACUUCCAUUUAAUCCGAAGCCCCCUUGGCAAGCCAUGAAAAAAAAAGAAAAGGAAAGGAAAGGCAGCUCCCAGCAACCAGUGGCAUUGUGCUUAUGGGCAGCAGAACGAAAGGACGCAGCUGCGGAAACAUGGCUUACCAAUGCAGACCAAAUUGAAAGAACCUGUUGCAGAGCAUCUUCUUAAACCCAUUUUGUGAUCGAAUGUCCGGCCGGAUAUGGGCAACGGUUCAAUAAAGGCCCCGAGGACUGAGGAGAACACCUGCUUAGUCUCCAUGCGCACAGACUCCCCGAGCCUGGACACAGAAAUUCUCAGGAUGCGAAUCAACUGCCUGGAGUUGGAGCUGGUACGGAGGGACCAAGCAUUAGCAGCUCAAGAAGUUCACCUCCAGCAUCUGCAGAGGGAGCUAAAUGCCAAGGUGUCCCAGAUUGACAAACUCCAAGAUGCUAUCGGCUACAACAAGGGCAGCGGCUUGGGAAGAGCGUGUCACUGCCGCCUCAGCGUCGUCGAUGAAGGCGUCGCCGGUCGUUUCCGCAAGGUGGCCGCGGAGGACCGCCAAAGGCUUAAAGCAAAGGAAGGCGUCUCUGCCGAGCCGACUUCUGAGAACUUCUGUGGGGGACUGAGACCUUCUCACAUUUCCAUGCUGAAGUCUAUCCGCAAAGAUUCAGAAAUUAAAAAGCUCAUGAACGACGCCAUCACAAACAACGACUUCCUCAAGAGACUGGAACCGCAGCACACCAGGGAGAUGGUUGACUGUAUGUAUGAGAAGGUGUACACGAAAGGACAGCUCGUCAUACACGAGGGCGAAUCUGGAAACUACCUCUACGUUUUAGCAGACGGCUCGCUCCAAGUCAUCCAGAGUGGAAAGCUGCUCAGUGAGCUGCGUCCUGGCACAGCAUUUGGAGAAUUGGCAAUUCUGUACAAUUGCAAAAGAACAGCCACUGUGAAAGCUGUGACAGAGUCCCGCGUAUGGGCCUUGGAUCGCCAGACUUUCCAGGCUAUCAUGAUGCGGACCGCACAAGCCAGGCAUGAAGAGUAUUUCAGCUUUUUGCGCAGUGUGUCUCUGCUUCAAGAGCUGCCAGAAGAGAAACUUGCCAAGAUUGUUGAUUGUCUUGAAGUUGACUAUUUUGAGAAGGGAGAUUACAUUAUUCGUGAAGGCGAAGAGGGGGAUACAUUCUUUAUCAUUGCAAAGGGACAAGUGAUUGUCACACAAAGCACAGAAGGUUUUGCUGAGCCCCAGCAAAUCAAGACCCUUGGAGUUGGACACUAUUUUGGAGAGAAAGCUCUCAUCAGUGAGGAUCUCCGCUCAGCCAACAUCAUCUGCAAUGAGAAUGACACACAAUGUCUCGUGGUGGACAGAGACAACUUUAACCAGAUGGUGGGAACCUAUGAGGAACUUCAAUCUUACCUGAAGGAAUAUGUGGAAGAACUUUCUCGGAGUGACCAGAGGAGGAAUGCCCUGCCGCAUUCACCGCACAUUGAUUCUGCAGAAGCCCAAGAGUUGAGAAGGUUAAAGGAGAAGCUUGUCCCCUUACCACAACAUCAACCUUUCCAACAUUUGGAGGUGAUAGCAACGCUGGGGAUGGGAGGAUUUGGACGCGUGGAGCUGGUGAAGCUAAAGGACGAGGACGCCACAUUUGCUCUGAAAUGCAUCAAGAAGAAGCACGUGGUAGACACCAGACAGCAAGAACACAUUUACUCAGAGAAGAACAUCCUCCAGCAAACCAACUCGGCAUUUAUCAUCAGGUUUUUUCGAACAUUUCGUGACAAUAAACACGUCUACAUGCUGCUGGAGGUGUGUCUUGGAGGAGAGCUGUGGACUGUGCUGCGUGACAUGAAUUAUUUUGAUGAAGCCACGGCCAGAUUUUGCAUAGGUUGCGUCUUAGAGGCUUUUGAUUACCUCCACACCAUGGGCAUUAUAUAUAGAGACCUCAAGCCCGAAAACCUUCUCCUCGAUGCCAAAGGUUACGUCAAAAUGGCAGACUUUGGCUUUGCAAAAAAGAUUGGUCCGGGAAAGAAGACCUGGACUUUCUGCGGGACCCCAGAGUAUGUGGCUCCGGAGGUCAUCAUGAACAAAGGCCAUGACUUUGGAGCUGACUGUUGGUCUUUAGGAAUCCUCAUAUUUGAACUUCUAACUGGCAACCCCCCUUUUGCUGGAUCUGACCCCAUUCGGAUCUACACCAUGGUCCUCCAUGGCAUUGAGAAGGUGGACUUUCCAAAGAGAAUAGGCAAGCGUCCCGAUGACCUCAUCAGGAGACUCUGCAAGUUAAACCCAGUUGAGAGAGUGGGGAACAAAAAGAAUGGGAUCAUUGACAUCAAGAAGCACAAAUGGUUCCAGGGCUUCAAUUGGGAGGGACUAAGGCGCUGCAAGCUCUCAUCUCCCCUGAAGAGAGAGCUGAACGGCCCACUGGACCACAGCUACUUUGACAUCUUUCCUCCUGACACAGAAAUGACCCCUGAGGAGAAUUCUGGCUGGGAUAAAGACUUCUAAUCCCUAUCUUUGAAAUGAAUUGAAAUAUCUGAAGAAGAAAAAAAAAACGAAAACACUUUCUAAAAAAAACUGUGUGAAAAAUAAACCAUUUGGGGCACCUU